AUGGCUCACCUAGAUGUAGAGGCCCUUCUCGACGCCGCCGCGAGCGGCGACGGCCAAGACCGCAGCGGCGGACGCAGCCCACGCAUCGACGACGCGCGCAACGGCGGCGCCCAUACGGCCAACGGUCAUCACAGCGGACGCAGCAGCCGGAGCCGCAGCCUGAGCCGUACGCGCUCCCGCUCGCCACGCAGUGACCGCGAACGUGAGCGUGAACGUGCCGAUCGCGAUCGAGCUGACCGUGAUCGUGAUCGCAGACGGCGAGAGCCGCGCAGCCAGAGCCCACGCGGCAACGCCAACGGCACCAGCGGAGGUGCCGGCGCCGAUGUCUCUUACGUCCACAGCGACGACCGUGAACGCACACCAGCCCGCAGCGAGGCGGGCAGCCACCGCAGCAGCCGGCGCCGGAGCCGGAGCCCUCGGCGGCGCCGGCGCAACCGCGGCCAUGGCGGUGGCGGUGACCGUUCGCGGUCGCGUUCUCCCAACAGAUACUACCGGCCACGCGACUCUAGGCGCGAUCGCGAUGACCGAUUGAGUGGCCGCUCGCCCCGUGACCGUUCCCGCGACCGUGUUGACCGGUACGGACGCGAUCGGUCGCGGGAGUCGCGUCGUGGUGGCGGCGGCGGCCGCUCUGCAUCGCCACCGGCCGUCGGUGAGCGCGAUCGACGGACUGUUUUCGUGCAACAGCUGGCGGCCCGUCUGCGGACGCGCGAGCUCAAGGAGUUUUUCGAAAAGGCCGGCCCUGUUGCCGAGGCUCAGAUUGUCAAAGAUCGCGUGAGCAACCGCUCAAAGGGUGUCGGCUAUGUUGAAUUUAAGAGUGAAGACACGAUUGCUGCGGCGCUCCAGCUCACAGGCCAGAAACUGCUAGGUAUCCCUGUUAUUGUCCAGGUCACGGAGGCUGAGAAGAACCGGCAAGUACGUAACACCGCAGAAACUCCGACCGGCGGGAACGCCACGGGCGUGCCCUUUCACCGGCUUUACGUCGGCAACAUCCACUUUAGCAUUACUGAGUCCGACUUGCGCAAUGUUUUCGAGCCUUUUGGCGAGCUCGAGUUUGUUCAGCUGCAGAAAGACGAGUCCGGCCGCAGCCGUGGUUACGGCUUUGUCCAAUUCCGCGAUAGCAACCAGGCGCGUGAGGCGCUCGAGAAGAUGAACGGCUUUGAUUUGGCAGGACGUCCGAUUCGUGUCGGCCUCGGAAACGAUAAGUUUACCCCCGAGUCUACUGCUCAUCUGAUGCAGCGAUUCCAGGGCCGCGACCAAGCACACAACGGCAACAGCCGCGACGCGGACCGCCGUGGCAAUGGUGGCGCCUCCGGCAAUUUCGACCGCGCGGGCGCCCGCGAUAGCGACAAAGGUAGUGGUGCUGGUGCACUGGAUGAUACGGAUGUUGCUGGCGUCAACUUCAAUAGUUACAGCCGAGAUGCUCUCAUGAGAAAACUCGCUAGGACCGAUGACGUUGGAACCUCGUCGUCGUCGCCUGCCACCAACGGUGCCGGCCACAACGGCUACAACACUGCGAACGGUGGCAGCGACGCCGUCGAGCAGCAGCGCCCGAUUAUGAAGCCCCGCAACGACCCGAAGCCGCUCCCGGUCGGCGUCAACGUGAACCUGGCCAGCCGCUGCGUGGUCCUGCACAACAUGUUUGACGCCGCCGAGGAGGAGGGCGACGAUUGGGUCAAGGAGCUGGAGGACGACGUCCGCCAAGAGGCCGAAGACAAAUACGGCCACGUCCUGCACGUGGCCCUCGACCAGAACUCCAACGGCGACAUCUACCUCAAGUUCGACAAGGUGCAGGGCGGCGAGAACGCCAUCAAGGGUCUCAACGGCCGUUACUUUGGUGGUCGUAUGAUCACUGCCGCGCCCGUUGUUGAUGCCGUCUACAGCAGUUUGUUUUCGCGGUCCAAGGCGAUGUAA